AACAUGGACCAUGGCUAAAAAGUUAGAAAUACUUCUGCUCUUCCUAUUUAUACAUUUAACCGUGCUAUUUUAUGUUGACUGUGAUACGACAUCUCAACCUGAACGUUACCCAGUAUGCAGAAGAGGAAAGUUUGGCUGGAACUGCCAUUUUACAUGCAACUGUACAAAUGGAGCUAGUUGUGAUAGCUUCACUGGAAAGUGUGACUUCGGCUCAACCUGUGAUGGCUUAUCAUGGGGCUGGGGAUGCAUACUCUCAUCAUCCUGCUAUUAUGACAGACAGAAAGGAAGAUACUAUAUAGGAUGUUUAAACACAACUAAAUUUGAUACACCAUGUCAAGCUUGGAGUAAAGAUACACCCCAAGAGCACCAUUAUCAUGAACGAAGCUAUUUUCCUGAGGGUGACCCAGAAAUCAUUCGUCACAAUUUAUGUCGCAAUCCAAAUAAAUAUCUGGGUUUGAGACCUUGGUGUUACCGAGAUUCUGAGUUUGGUCGCAAAACUUAUGGUUACUGUAAUAUCUCUAAAUGUGAAUGUCCAGAUUUCACAUAUGGCAGGAAUUGUGUGAAGGAAUGCCAUUGUAAUGACCCAAAUGAGGUCUGUGAUAGGAUACUAGGAGGUGCCUGUCAUAGAUCUGGAUGUGAUGUAGGCUGGUCAGGAGUGGAUUGUCAGACAGCAAACAGGUCAAGCAUUCCUAGACCCUAUAGUCCACCUAGUCUGCAACAAAGGGGUAAGCACUUCAUCCAAGUGACAUGGGAAGAUGAUGCACCUGAUGCAUACAGCUACAUUAUUGAGUCUAAAUCUGCAUCAAAUGUCACCUGGUUUAGGCACAGGAAAGCAGGCAAAUACAGACGAGAAUUUAGGUUAGAUGGGCUUACAAUAGGGGAGACAGUCCAGUUUAGAAUGAUUGCGAUCAAUAGGAACAGUUUGCUGAGUUUUCCCGGGCCUGUUGCUGUACUAUCUACAUGUUCAGCCCCCUCCACUGGCCCUAGAGCUGUUGAGCUGACCACCUAUCUGGACAUAAAUGAUGCCUCUCAGGCUAGAAUACAUGUCAAGUGGCAGGCGCCAUCUUGGAGGGUAGUAAACUGUGAAAGUAUACUGCUAUAUAGGGUCUACUACAAAACCAGGACAGAAACCGACUUUACUCUUUACAAAGAUGUUGGUGGCAGUGAGAACUCAGUUAAUAUAUCAGGGCUUGACACAUGUACUUUGUAUGAUAUAGCGGUAGCGAUCAUCAACAAUGGACACCUAGAGGGAAGAAAUUCAUCACACUCCAGCAUACAAACAGUUAUGGGCAGACCAGGUGCAGUAAUGAGACUAUUUGCCCAAGCUGUUUCAGCCUCUCAGCUUCGUGUCUUUUGGAGUGCAAAUGUCCAACAAAACUGCAAUAUACGGGGAUAUAUGCUCCAGUAUAAGUUAUUGCAAGAGCUAGCAUGUGAUCAAACCAAUGACACUGCUUGGAGUCAGACGUUUUCUACAUCAGAUGAACAGUACCUGUUGAUCGGUUUAGAGGCCUACUCAAGGUAUAGCAUAAAAGUCUGGGCUUCUAGUUCUAAUGGAAAUGGACCUGCCAAAGUCAUCAAUAAUGCAGAAACAUCAAGUGGUGGUCCAUGGGGAAUGCCAGUUAAUGUAGCAGCCAAGAAUGUAACAUCAGAGAGUGCUCUCCUCACAUGGGCCCCACCACCUUGUAAUGAACGCAAUGGAUUGUUCAAGAACUACCAAUACAGACUCACUAAUUUGAAUUAUAGUGACAUUGACAUUCAGCGCACUGGUAUAGUGUCAUCAGAGUUCCACACAUACAAGACCUUUAGUAACCUUAUCCCUUACUCGACAUAUGUCUUCGAGGUCAACUUUGAGAAUGAUAAGCAGCCAGGACUCUACAGUGAAAUAAUUUUCAGAACACAUCCUUCAACUCCUGGUCAAGUAAAAACAGUCUCCUCAGCUCAUGGCAAACAAACAUACAGCUCUAUUAGCAUUCAAUGGGUCGCCCCCUAUCCUCCCAAAGGACGCAUCAUGUCGUAUGACAUCAAGUUCAAGACAACUGAAGGUCGAGCUGAAUUUAAGAAGAUUAUUGGAUCAGAAACUCGAGUUGUCAUCGGAAACCUUUGUCCUGGCACAGAGUACCAGAUAUGGGUUCGAGCAGCUACAAGGGAAGGGGCUGGGGAGUGGAGUGAGGAUAUAUGGGUUUCUACCUCACCUGGAGCACCAAGUGACCCAGAAAGUCUACGCAAUGUGUCUCGAAGUAGUACUUCAUUAAAGUUAGAAUGGAUGGAACCAGCUAGAUGUGCCUUCAUUGUGAGAUCGUACCAAGUACAGUGCAUGAUACCAAGUCUUCCAUUCCUACAGUCAAGACCUACCACUGAGAGUCAGCCUCAGCAAUAUGAGGUAUCUGACCAACAUCAAAUGUUCACUAAUCUCCAACCAGGGAGUGAAUAUGUGUGCCAAGUAGUGGCCAAAUCUAACUUUGGAGAUAGUCACCCUGUGGAAAUAAAAGUAUGGACUUUGCCUGCAAGUCCUCCAGAUGUGGCAGCCCCUGAUCUUGUUUCUGUAUCUGAAACGUCAGUGAUUCUGCAGCUCCAGCCAUUCCAGGCGCAUCAGCACAACCUUGUUGAUAAAUACCAAGUGGUUGUGCGACGUGUUGACUCAGACACUAUUGUCAGUAGGAGACGGCGAAGCUUAGCAAACGAGGAACUUUCUGAUUUUGCUACUGCUAAAGAGAAUGGCCUAAACUACUACAUUGCUGCAGAGAUUCGCAAAGACCAGAAGGAUCUCUUUGCUAAACCUAUUGAGUUUACCCUUGGUGAUGGCAAAUUCUAUGGUAUAUAUUACAAUGCUCCCUUGGAGAAAGGAGGACAGUACAACAUCUCUGUAGGUGCCCUUAACUCCGCAGAUGGUGUCACCUUUAGUAAAUACACCCAGCUGCCAGUACUUGUCCUUCCAGUAGUAACCCCACCUCCUCCAGGCUCCAACAAUGGUGUCAUAGCAGCCAUAGUUACUACUGCCAUUCUUCUAAUUCUUCUCAUAGUAGCAAUCGCAUUUAUCUUCUAUAAAAGGAGACAGCAACCAAAGAAAGACUAUGCCUUGGCUGAGAGAGAUGAGUCUCUUAUAUCAACAGCAAGCAAACCAUCAGCUUCAGAAUCUGCUGGUGACCUCUCUGAGAUGUUACCUCUGACUGGAGAUGUGGAGUCUGACUCUGAACCUCUGUACAGCAAUUAUGACAUUCACAAGGCCAUUAAAAUAGAUGACCUCUGGCAACAUAUCCAGACUAACAGGGAAAGCAAAGACACUGGGUUCAAGCAGGAAUACCAGAAACUGCCAGCAGGGUUAAAGGCGAAGACUGAAAUGGCUAAAGCUCCUGGAAAUAAGGGAAAGAAUCGUUAUGCCAACAUUGUGGCCUAUGAUCACUCUAGGGUGAUUCUAGAAAAAUUGGAAGAUGACCCACAUUCUGAUUACAUCAAUGGUAACUACAUCGAUGGCUACAAAAAGUCUAAAACUUAUAUCGCAACACAAGGACCAAGUCCAUUAACUAAAAAUGACAUAUGGCGGUUGGCAUGGCAACAAGAUGCCUCAGUAAUUGUCAUGGUUACAAACCUCAUUGAGGAUGGAAGGAAAAAAUGUGAGCAGUAUUGGCCAGACACUGAGGAAGGUGCUGGUUGCUAUGGAGAAAUCACAGUGCAACCACUACAAACGCAACGAUUCUCAGACUUUGUCUUUAGGAAAUUCACUAUAUCUAAGGGGCAGGAGAAAAAGUCAGUUACGCAGUGUCACUUUAUAGGCUGGCCAGAUCAUGGUACCCCAGCCUAUGCUACUGCGCUUCUACAGUUCCGACGUAAGGUAUUAGAAUGCUUCCAGGCUAACAGGGGACCUAUGAUUGUACACUGCAGUGCUGGUGUGGGUCGUACAGGGACCUUCAUAUCCCUGGACUAUUUGAUCCAACAGGGUGAGAAAGAGGACAAAGUGGACAUAUUCUCCUGUGUACACUUGAUGAGGACCCAGAGGGUGAACAUGGUACAAACACUGGAUCAGUAUAUAUUUGUACACAGUGCUCUGCUUGAACACUUUAAGUGUGGAGAUACCACCAUAAAGGUAGGAGAUCUGGUCAACACUUACACUGUACUAUGCGAUAAGAACCCUAUCACAGAGAAGUCUUGGAUUGAAGAGCAAUUUGAGUUAAUGACCCUGAUGAGUCCAACCAGAAGUAGGAGGAGUAUGACAAUGAGUGGACUGGAACCCCAAAAUGAAGACAAGAACAGAGAUAAAGCUAUUGUACCAGGAGACCAUUGUCGACCAUUCCUCUCUACCCAGGUAGAUGGGCUCACUGACUACAUUAAUGCAGUCUUCAUAGAUGGCUAUAGAAGAAAGUACCAAUACCUGCUGACUCAGAUGCCUUUGCCUUCUACAGUGAUAGACUUUUGGAGAAUGGUGUAUGAUCACAAGUCCUCUACCAUUGUCAUGUUAAAUGAACUGGAUAAAAAUGAUGAAACAUGUGUGGCAUACUGGCCAGAAAGUCCAGGUGAACAGAAGUAUGGUCCCUUCACUAUAGAACUCACAGACCUGGACAACAGUCUCAAUGAUGUCAUCAUACGUCAGUUUAAUAUCACAUGUUCAUGUCAGUCGUGUAGUUUCAGAGGUAAGGCUGAGACAAAGACGAUAUGCCAGUUCCAGCUGACACGCUGGCCUAAAGACUCUGACCUCCCACAGAGUGAAGAUGCCAUGCUGACAUUGAUAGAAGCCGUCAAUAAGUGGCAACCUGUAGAGAAACCAGGACCAAUCACAAUCCAUUGCAUGAAUGGUGCCAGUCGCAGUGGUCUGUAUUGCGCCCUUAGCUACAGCAAAGAGAAGCAGGCCUCUGAAAAGGAAGUGGAUAUAUUCCAGGCAGUGAAGCAUGUCAGGAUAAACAGACCUGAACUAGUCAAUUCUCUGUCCCAAUACCAAUACUGCUACCAAGUUGCCUUGAGGUACAUGGAGAAAACAGAAGAAGAAGCCAAUACAGAUGAAGUGAUUUAUGCCAACACAGAGACUGAUAACAACAGCUUGUACAUGAAUGUUGGCUAGAACUCUCAUGUACAAGUGAAUGUGUACAUGAUUGUAUCUGCAGCAUACGUUUGGGUAAAAAUUCAGUCUCACUCAGUUGGCACGUGCAACCUGUAUUAUAACUCAGACAAUCUUUAACAUUGCAAUUUGUAGAUGAGCACUCCAUUACAUAUCAAAAAUCUGUGUUAUGUAUGAUCUCUGUCAUCUGUGUUUAUUAUGUGAAUGUUUUCAUAUAUAUGAGAUUUAAGGUAAGAUUUUGUAAUACCUUUUUGUAAUGGCAGUGGUUGAGAUUUAUUAAAUUUAAAGGAUUGAAAUAGUGACAAUUGAUACAACGAAAUAAGCUAUUUAUGGCAAUAUGAACUUAUAGGGUUCACACAUUUUCUGAUAUUUAUUAUAGAACUGAUGUACUAGUAUUUAUACUCUAACUUGCCGAUUUUAUGAUACCUAAUAAGGCAAAAUUGUAUUACAUCCCAAUAUGAAGUGACAGCUUAAUGAUGUCCGUUGGAAGAAUUUGAAAAUGAUCGCAACUGACCUCUAAUUUUUUUUUAAUGUUUGAAGGAUAUACCUUAAAGGUGUGAAAAUGAGUUACAGAAAAACUUAAAUACUCCAAAGUUUCUCUUUCGGGUGAAAAUCUCAUUUUUUCAAUACAAUACCAUGCCCGCUUUUGUCAAAAUGACACAAGGGGCCUCUGGCUAAGAAAAAACACUUCAUCAACAUAUAAUUUUAGGGAUUUUAUAUUGAUUGUUGCCCACUGGGAUCUUAGAAAACCAUAAUUGAGAAAAAGUUUGAUACUGUGACAAAAAAUUCCAAACCUCCAUUGAACAUCAUUAAAAAUGAUUAUAAAAGGUGCUAUUGUUUUUCCAAGCCAAAUAAAAAGCUAAUCAUUUCAUUGUUGUAAAACCAAAUUAAGAUGCAAUCGAUAAUUGUAAUAAUGCAAUAUCAACCACAAUUUGAAUGUGUGAUAUCAUGUGAAUAUUGUCUAAGCUGGGCAUAAUAGUGUGUAGGAAGAUGAAGAAUCUCAAUGCUUAUUUGAAAACACUUCAAGAGAAUUUUUGUCUCAGCUUUACAUUCGAUAAUAUCAAUGAUUUAAAGUAUUAUCAUCAAAGGGUAAAGAUAUGAAAAUAUAUUCAACAGUACAAGGUAUCCUUAAAGUUCAAGUAACAUUACUGAGAUUAAACUUUUUAUGGGACACCCUGUAAUUUUCUUUGAAUUGUUUACAUUGUGUAAUGUUGACAGGCUGUGCAUGCCUGUCUGGCUUAUUAAAGUAGCAUGUACAUCUACAUGAUGAAAGAUUCAUUAGCUAAUCAGUUAAUACACUCUUCCCUACCACUUGACCAAAUUUAAAAGGGAUACAGGCUACAGUGAAGUUGCAAAUGGAG